CAUCCAGCGAAGCGCGGUGACACCUGGGCGGGAGGAGGAGAGCUCUCUGACGGCCAAAGCGGCUCCGCAGGUUCGUUUCGACCCACUGCGGAACUUAGUCGACUUACUUUUUUUUUAUUCCUGGAGGGAGUGGGGGAAAAUUCUCUUAACUAGCUGGAGUGUCGCAACUUUUCACAACUUUGAGAAUUGACUUUUUAAUCACCGGCACAGAGAGUUUUGUCGGGCGGGAGGCUGCGCCGCUUCUUUCCGCCUACCUGCCGCUCGCGCUGGGGUUAAUCACUUGAGGAAUGCGGAGCCAUUAGCUGGAGGAGCGGAGCUGGAAGUUUAAAACUUGCCUAAAGUUGCUUUGGAACGUAUCACAAAGGGAUAAUGGCCACUGGAGGAUUUAAAUCGAACGCGACUACGGAUUUUUUAGAGGAGUGGAAGGCCAAAAGGGAGAAAAUGAGAGCUAAAAUGCUCGGGGACAUCGCCGCGGCUACCGGAGCUCCUUUAGCCGCCGGCCGGGAAACGCUCACCAACAACGGCGGCCCCGCUGGGAACUGCCUGCCUCCCACCCCGGUCCCUCGGUCCUCUUCCGGCACGGCUCCAAAGAGAGCCGAGGAGGAACCGCAGCACACGGCGGCGAGCAGCCUGAAUAAGACGCCGACGCCGCCGCCUCCGCAGUGCGUGUCCCCAGACAGCAGCCCCGCGGCGGCGGCCGACAGCGACAAGGAGACUCCGUCACCCGGUAAAGGCAAGGAGAAGAAGAGCGCCGGACCCAGCGCCAGGAAGGGCAAAGGUCAGAUCGAGAAGAGGAAACUGAGGGAAAAGCGCAGGUCAACAGGUGUCGUCAAUAUGCCGUCCAACGAGAGCCUGGACGAGCUGGACGAUGACGAUGGAGGCAGGAAAGACAGGAGGGAGGAGGAGGAGCUUGUUCAGGCAAACACCUUCCAGAACGAGACGAUGAUGGCUGACCCUGUAAUCGGACACGUCGUGGAAACGCAGAGAUCGGGUGGCCUUCUUCACAAGAGCUGUGCAGGUCCGGGCUCUGAAGAGGAGGCCGGCGGGAGCAGCAGAAAACGUCACGGCCGUCACGGCAGGGAUGGUGGAGCUACAGCCCCAGGAGGUCCGGAGAAGAGGUUGGAGGAGAUGGAGAAGGAACUGGCCAAGGAGCGUCAGGAGAACGCUCGGCUGCUGAAGAUCCAACAGGACAAAGACGACAUCAUCGGGAAGCUGAAGGAAGAAAUCGACUUGCUGAACAGAGACCUUGACGACAUUGAAGAUGAAAAUGAGCAACUUAAACAGGAGAACAAGACUCUGUUGAAAGUGGUGGGUCAGCUGACUAGGUAGAGCCGCUGCGCCGCCACAGCCCCCAUCAGGAAUAACCAAUCAUCCCCCAGUUCAAGGAGCCUCUUCCUGUGCCCGCGCCUCGUCUCCUGCCGUGGGUCAAGUUCAUCAUCAUGGUGGUUUUUUUAAUGUGUUUUUUUUUUUUUUUUUGCCUUUAACCUUAAAUUGAUCCCUGAGGAGCAGCGAACUUCGGGGCUGAAACGUCUCCUGUCCUGUGGAGCAUCUCGUCAUAUUUAAUGUAAAUUUGUUGUAAAUAAGUCACUCAAAUUAUUUUUUUUGAUGAAGUCUUAUGAGGAAAAAAAGUGUAAUAUUGAAUGUAUGUGUCGCACAAACAUGCACAGAACAGAUGGAUGAAAAUUGUGCGUUGCCGUGAUGUCAGCGGAGGUUCCACAGUGAUCUUUGAUGAUGGUCUCGUCCUCGGGCGUUAACACAGCCACGCUUUUGACAUUUUGCCAUUAAAUGAAUAUCGAUGUUGCGGGGGGUGGGGGGGAUGGACAUGAGUCAGCAGCAGCAACACCCAGGUUGGAUCUGACUGACAAAAACGCUACAAAUUCAUCGAGUCGAUAUGUAAGAAAAAUUUGGAAAUUAAUCAUAUGUACAUUACUUCUAAAGUGGACGCACAAGACAAUAACAAAAGGAUCGCAAUGAUGACAAAGUUGGAAAUGUAUCCGUCAGUAAACUCACUCGGGGUGAUUUGUUCCACUGCUGUUUGUGGACCUUCAAAAGCAGCAUAAAGACAAAAUCCUCUAUCUUCUAUUGGCAGUUUCCCCCAAACCCAGAUGUCAUUUUUAUUCUCUUUCGUGAUGAUGACACUGCCUGUGCUCAUGUGGUCAAGUGCAGAGCUGGCGCAUACAGACUGUACAUCACACAAAAGCGUUAGUGCCUCGGACCAAGACAAAACUCCAGCUCUGUGUGUGUCUUUAAAGAGCGCAACAUUCAAACGCACCUUACAUCAGCGGGUUCACAGCACACCUACACCCUGCUUGUCUGCACGUAUCAGUACAAGCUGUCUGUAAAGAUGAGUGUGAUGUCGUAUUAUGGCCACUGUAGGGUGAAAAAAAUGUAGCAGGAGGAGAAAUGACACCACCCUGCACAUAGUGCAUUUUAUGAGAUGUGCUGUCUUUGUCGCCGUAUCUCUCUCAUGCAAAUACACACAAAACAUGUACUGCUCAUGUGACACAAUAUGAUAAUAUUAGCAUGAAGCCAUGUUCAAAGCCGCAGCAUCUCACUAAUGUGCACAUUUGGCACCCCCCCCCCCCAUAGUAGAUAUAAAAUUAUGCAAUGAAAAAAAAUUGAAAAUAACCAUUAAACAAAAUAAACACUCAUAGAAAAGCACAAAAACUCACUGUGCUGCUUCUCUGCUUCACCUCAGGGAGCUUUGGUGGCCUCUGUGCACUCUGACUUGGUGACACUGCUCUGUUAACUCAGCAUAGAGCCUUCCACUUUUAUCCCCUUCUCGGACGAUACAUCGGGUAUCGUGAUAAUCAUAUCUUGGGGCCGAUAUCAAAUCGUUUUGUUUUUUAAAUAAGUAUCACGAUACUACAAAAAUCAGCUGCUGCAUGGAAUAAAUGUUUUUUUGCAGAGGAUUUGUAACUAGUUCAUAAGAUAUACAAAUAGGAAAUGUAUAACAUUGAGGAUUAUGAUUUAGACUUCAGAAUAAUUAGUUACUUUAAAGUUAAACAUUCCCCACAGAUGGCUUUCAGCAUAAUUAGUGUGAACAGCAAUGUAAUUAUGUGUCAUGGCGCUUGUAUAUUGUUGCGUCCCUAUUUGUUACCCAGUUUAAAAGGAAGGACUGAUGUCAGUCUAAUUACCUGAUAUACACACCCAUACUUAACAAAAACCAUAAAUCCAACCCCUUUGUGCGCAUUGUUCACCUUUGCGCUGAUAUUUCCCACCGCUUAAUUAGCAGUGCACACUUGGACACGCCCCCUACUUUUUUUUUUUCAGCCACUGUGAAGGUAGACUCCAAAAUGCUUUUACCUUCACGAUAGCUACAAAAUACAAUGUCUAGUCCCCCGGGCAAAAUGUCAGAAACGUCUACGUGGACGCCUGAGGACACGAUUGUUAACACAAAAAUGCUUAUCAGCCAAAGUGGACAUGGUGCCUUUUUGGUGGGGGGGGGGGGCAUUUCUUUACCAGUGAUAUCAGUUUAAAGCCUGGUGCUUUAUUAAUUAACAUUAGUACCAGAUGUCGUUAAAGUAUCUGUAAAUUUUGGUGCAUUUAAAUCCCAUUGGUCAUCUGUAUGUUAAAUUCUUACAGUAUAAAUAAUAAAACUUUUGCACAUUUCAGCUUAUCAUGCUUGUCGAUGAUGAAACGUGGAUUUUUUUUUUUUUUUUUUUUUUGCGGAUUUUGCAUCCUGUAAUUCAGGUGUUUGCAGCUUGCUGCUGUUUUAUUUUCCAUACCCGCCUUUAGAUCUGUCGAGCACACUGAGCGGUUUCAGAAACACGCUUCCAGAACGUACAUAUAGUAGCAGGUAAAGGUAAGCCGCGGCAGGAAGCGCGGCCCCAUCUCGUUUCAUUACGUUAUGCAUGUACAGAAGAUUAAAGUCAUUUAAUAAAAGUUUGAUUAUCUCUCUCCUCA